AUGGCACACUCAAAACGAAACACCUCCCUCCCCCACUUCACAUCCUACGAACGAGGCCUCCUCCGCGAAUCAUGGGGUAGCAAAUCCCGCGCCAUCGGCCGCGACAGCUUCCUCUCAUUCGGAAGCUGUCGACUCUGUCUGCAACCCGCGCGCACACCAGUAGCAUGCAGCACGAAUGGUGACCUCUUCUGCCGCGAAUGCGCAAUGAGUGAUCUCCUCGCGCAACGAAAGGAGAUUAAGCGGUUAGAGCGCGAGCGUGACGAGGCUCGUAAGCGGAUUGCGGAGGAUGAGGAGCGGACGCUUGAGGAGGCUCGGGCGAGGGAUUUAAGGGAUUUUGAGAUGGUUUCGAUGGGAUUGGAGGCUAAGGCGAAGACGGCUGGUGAGGAUAGUAAGCGGGCGAGGGCGGAGGCGCUGGAGGCUACGGGUGGUGGAGCGAAGAAGAGGAAGGUGGAUGAUGCUGUUGAGAGGAUUGGGGAGAGGGAGGUUGUUGUUGAUGGGAAGAAGAGGAAGGUUCUUGAGCUUGGGGCUGAGGAGAUGGCUAGGAUUGCGGCGGGGGAGAAGGAGAGACUCUUGAAGGAGGUUAAGGAUGCGAAGAAUGAGUCCAAGUCUGCUCUGCCCUCGUUCUGGGUUCCUUCUUUGACGCCUGGGACGGAUGCGGAUGAGAUCACGGCCAACAAGGCUGUCAAGUUGACGCCGAUCUGUCCUGGGUCUACGGAUGAGUCUCGACACUCGUAUUCACUCAAGUCGCUGGUUGACGUGCAUUUUACGGAGGAGAAGGCAUCUGAUGGGACAGUGUCGAGGGUGUGUCCAAGCUGCAAAAAGAACUUGAGCAAUGGGCUCAAAGCAAUGCUCACGAAACCCUGUGGCCAUGUCAUCUGCUCGCCAUGCGUAACCAAGUUCAUGACUCCACAUGAAAGUCAUAUCCCCGAUCCACAUGCAUCGAAGGAAGAACAGGAUAAGAGUGCGGCCUUACAUGGCACUGUUCUGUGUUAUGUCUGCGAGGCCGAUGUUACGAACCGGCCAAAGGAGAAUGGCAGUGGGGCGAGCAAGAAGUCCAAGAAGAAGGAUAAAGAGAAGGACGCCAUCCAACCUGGUGUUGUGGAGAUCAGUUCCGAGGGAACUGGCUUUGCAGGCAAAGGUGGAAACAUGGGCAAGAAGGCCGGUGUGGCAUUCCAGUGCUAA